AUGUCAGAAUUACUCAAUAAGGCAAAGACAGAAAUGUCUGAAAAGGAGCUUCAGGACCUCGAGGAAUAUGAAUUCGAGCAUGGCCCUAUGAAGCUCUUGACUCAAGCAGUUCAAAAGAACACAACCGUUCUCAUCUCUCUAAGGAACAACCACAAACUGAUAGCCAAGGUGAAAGCAUUUGAUAGACAUUGCAAUAUGAUAUUAGAAAAUGUCAAAGAAAUCUGGAACGAACCGGCACCCAAUGAUAAGAAGAAGAAGGUUCUUAGGGAAAGAUUCGUGCUUAAGAUGUUUCUCCGGGGAGAUUCCGUUAUAGUGAUAUUAAACCACAACGAAACAGGAGGGAAAUGA